AUGGACAAUUCGAAAGUAGUGGACUCCACCACGUCAAUCAUUACGAAGAAAGACGUGGUGAUUAACUCGCGCGUGAUGGAGAUAUUCGAGGCCGAGCCGGACUUGGAGAUGUACAUCUCGGAGGCGUCCAAAUCCACUGAAACUCACAAUCACUUACAAAGCUACAUAGUUUACACCAUCAACGUUGGUCCAUUGACGGUGAAAAGACGAUACAGCGAGUUUGAGACACUACGAACUUGUCUGAUCAAAAUCUUCCCCACCGUUCUGGUCCCUCCCAUUCCUGAAAAACAGACCCUAGCAUCUAAUUUGACAACCACCACCAAGAACAUUGAAUCGCAUUUCCCAACAGCCAACGAAUCGCACGCCUCCAAUGACCCGUUGAACUUGAUUGAGUACCGCAAGCGAAUGCUCGCCGUGUUUCUGAACCGGUGCAUGGCCUUGCCCCAGAUCAAGACGUGUCGAUAUUUCCUCACCUUCUUGGACCCAGAGACAAACUUCAGCGAUUUUCUUGCCCUCAAAGAAACACAGACUUUGCAGAAACUAUCGAUCUACCGACUGGCUCCCUUCGAUCCGCUGCUGAAUCUCGACAACCAGCUGUACCGCACGCUCCCGUUGCCGGCCGCCUCGAGCUUUAGCAUGUUCCCGGAGCUGGCAGGAGAGGAGCAGUUUGAAAACUUCGUCAAGUUUGAAAAGAAGUUCACCAAAUACGAAGCCGUCCUGGACAACAUCUCGAAAACAAACAAACGUCUCGUCAAACACUUCUCCGAGAUGGGACCCGAUAUCACAGAAUUGGGGUCCUCUUUCAAAGCCCUGUCGCUGAUCCAGGACUCCGACUCGAUUGAGAAUCUGGGCCGUGUUUUCGAUAGAAGCCUCAUCUACAACACCCAGCUGCGAGAAAUUACCAACCUCCGCUUCCUCGACAAGUUGAUCGAGCUCCGCAACUUCACCAAGAUCGCAAAGAAGAUCAUCCAGUACAAUCGCAACAAGGCUGUGCAGCUGAAAAUUGUGGAGAAGAGCUUGCAAGACUCGCGGGCCAAGUUCAAGGAGUACCAGAAACAGGAGGAGGAGAUCCGCAAAAUUGAUGCCAUGGCUUCACGAGCGACUGGUUCCGCCACCUCUGGAAACUCGUCCGCGGAGUCUCCGUUAACCGACGCCGAGCUACAGUCAGCUUUGUAUGUGAACUCGAAAAAACCGUUCUACGGCAAGAUUCCCGGGAUCAGCAAGCUGAACAACGUGAUUCUCAAGUACACAGACUCUAACCCGGACCAGACGCGCAAAAACAGGUUCUACAACCUGCGGCUGAAAAUAUACCAGCUGGAAAGACAGCAGGAGAUACUAGAAGAAGAGCUGGGGAAGAUCAAUGAUGAGGUUUGGGACGAGCUUGUGCGGUUCCAUGAAUGGUUCCGUGGAGUUCUUGCACAGAUUGUGGUGGACUACAACAGGCAACUAGGCGAGUUCAUCCACAUGAACCUGGAAGCCUGGGAGGGCUGCUACAACAGAUGA